AUGAAAGAAACUGUUGAACUUCUUAUUUCGCAUGGUGCAAAUAUCAAUGAAAAAGAUAAAUAUGGAAGAACCGCUCUUCACAUUGCAGCAUAUUAUAAUAGUAAAGAAUCAGCUGAACUUCUUAUUUCGCAUGGUGCAAAUAUCAAUGAAAAAGAUAAUAAUGGAAAAACCGCUCUUCAUGUUGCAGCAUUAAAUAAUAUGAAAGAAACUGUUGAACUUCUUAUUUCGCAUGGUGCAAAUAUCAAUGAAAAAGAUAAAUAUGGAAGAACCGCUCUUCAUUAUGCAGCUUAUAAUUAUAGUAAAGAAAUGCAUAAAAUUUAUAUUUCACCUAAUUCAAAUAUCAAUGGAAAAGAUAAUAAUGGAAAAACCGCUCUUCAUGUUGCAGCAUUAAAUAAUAUGAAAGAAACUGUUGAACUUCUUAUUUCGCAUGGUGCAAAUAUCAAUGAAAAAGAUAAAUAUGGAAGAACCGCUCUUCAUUAUGCAGCUUAUAAUUAUAGUAAAGAAAUGCAUAAAAUUUAUAUUUCACCUAAUUCAAAUAUCAAUGGAAAAACCACUCUUCAUUAUGCAAAACUCAAGCUUGUUGCAAAUAUGAGUGAUAAAGAUCCAUCUAGAAAUCCGGAUCAUAAUUUGGUACUAAUUAAAAAUAAUAUAGAAACAGUCGAACUUCUUAUUUCACAUGGUGCAAAUAUCAAUGAAAAAGAUAAUAAUGGAGAAACUGCUCUUCAUUAUGCAACAAAAAGUAAUAAUAAAGAAAUUGCAGAGCUUCUUAUUUCAUAUGGGGCUAAUAUCAAUUAA